CGUGCGCGGGAGCAUGGCGAGAAAGAUACAUCAGCGAUCAAGUGUAUCACAUCAUUUGCCAGCGCUGCAUGCCAGAAUACUAGCUAAACAGCACUAGACAUCAGUUGAGUAAGGACAGUCGUCAUUUCUCCUUCUUCACCAAAACAACUUCUCAGAAAAUGUGAGAAGGGAGCUCAUUGCGCCAGAGUUUAUUCAGUUUUUCGGUAUUAUUAUUCGGAAAAAGCAGAAGAAACCGAGCUAAAUGUUGCAAAAUCUGCCUGAAAGAUUGGAAACAGUGGGAUUUGGCUAAGCAGCAGAAUCAGAGUCGUGCAAGAAAUUUUGGUGAUGAAGGUGCGUAUCGUUCUGUGGCGACAUGGCUGCUGUUCGGAGGACGGAGAAGGUGUUUGAGUUCGAGGAAUUUGGCCUGCCACCGCUCAAGGUCAUCGUGCCCGAAGUGCUGGACAGUGACUAUGGUAUGUACACGUGGCCGUCAGCUCCCGUCCUGGCUCGUUACGUAUGGAAACAGCAACACGACGUGCGUGGCAAGAGAGUUCUAGAGCUGGGAUCCGGCACAUCGCUGGCUGGCAUAACGGCUGCACUAGUCGGUGCUGGUGGUGUGGUGCUCAGCGAACGUGAGGGGAAUCCCCAGCUGCUGGACAAUUGCCGGCGUACGUGUACUGCCAACAAUGUACCGCAUCGUGUUGUGAACGGCGGCGAAAGUGUCCGCUUCCCUGAAGACGUCAGCACCAUCACCACCGUCACCAUGGCCACAGCCUCUGCUGCUAACACAUCCACUGACCGUUGUCAUGGUGAUGUACAGGUUAUUGGUCUGGACUGGGCCUGUUUCUGUCCCAGUCUAGUAACACUACCACCAGUUGAUAUCAUCCUGGGUGCAGAUUGCUUCUACGAUCAGAAAGACUACGAGAAUAUCAUUGUUACGGUGUCGUUCCUCUUGGAGCGUAACCCGUCGUGUCGUUUCUGGACCACCUAUCAAGAACGAGUUUCCAGUCACUCUAUUCAUAGUCUGCUUCGGCGAUGGAAGCUACGCGCCCGCAGCGUGCCGCUAGAAUCAUUUGACGGCGACAGUGUCACAGUGAACGGCCGUACGGAACUGUUAGCUCACACCAUACACAUGCUGGAGAUCUAUCGUACUGCCACUGCGGCUGAUGACGACGACGGCGACGAAGAUCAGGGAUGAUGAUGACGAUGGUGUUCGUGGUGAUAUUUGUAGCAAGCACACACUGCUCUCAAGUAAGCAUAUAUCGCACUGCUGACGACUACGGAUGACGAUCACUACUGAUGAUCCCGGCUGACGAUCACUGCUGACUAUCACGGAUGACGGAUCACGGAUGGUGAUCACGGACGACGAUCACGGAUGGCGAUUACGGAUGGCGAUCAUUGCUGACGAUCCCGGAUGACUAUCAUUGCUGACGAUCACGGCUGACGAUGGUGGUGGCGUGCUCACGAUGUUGUCAGGCAAGCAAGCCAAUCACACAUUGCCUCCGCAAGUGCUAGCAGCUAUGUCAUUGGUAUCCGCACAAUGAUGACAUCACCUGCCAACAUGACGUCACUGUAUGCAAAUAAUGACAUCACCUGCCGCAGUGCUAGCAACCAGUGAUACCGCGUGAGCCCAUCAGCACCCAGUGGUCUGAUAAGACUGCUAUACCACCGUGCCGUGGACAGUCACCCAGCUAUGACAUCAUAGAGAACUAGCAAUGACAUCAGCCUAGCAACGGUGACAUCAUAGACAUCAACAGCCAUGAUACAUGUACAUGUAUCAUCCAGCCGCUCUGACAUUGCACAACCAGCAGUGAUGUCAUCGACUCCACUACUGUCGGCAGAACCCAGCAGCAAUCAUACUACAGUAGUGCCAACUGAAAUCCAACGCCAGCUCAGCUCGGUGCGCUCAUAUUGCAGAAACCCAGUACGCGCUUGUACACCACCAAACAGAGACCGCUAGAAUUGCUGCUGCGCUCUAGUAAGGGCACGAACAUCAAGGUUUGGAGGUCAGUUGCCACCCCUGGACUGGGGUGGGCGUGGAACUGUGUGGGUAGUGAGUAAAGUAAACAGGAAAAGUAAAAGCGUCGCGUAGACGAACACGAUCGGUGGCUUGGUGCAGCCGCACAUAUGGACUGCGGAGAUGAAGUGUGAUCGGCUGGGCCGUAGAGCAAGACAACACCAUACCGUCUACUGUGGAUGAGUAGGCAUACAACGUUACAACGCAAGCACGGCAAGAAAGCUAGGUAUACACAACCUGCCAGCCACUAGCCCAGUAUCACACCACCAGCACGGCUACACCCUGAUGUCAACCUGUUAGUAUCUGCCUGUGCAAAGCUACACUGAACUCAGAGUUAGAGACUCUCUAGCACUGACUACGAUGAACCCAACCCCCCCCCCCCCCCAUUUUGUGUAUGGACAUGUGCCCCCCUCCCCACCACCAUACCUCAUUCUGUGAGAGCCAGGCGUUGGCUGGUGAGAAGGCAUCAUUGCCUGUUCACUUGAUGAAGUAAAAUAAGGAAUACCACACAGUCAUUCCCACCAUACCAUGCCUAGGCGUGUAUUUACCGCUAUUUCGCCGGGUGUAUGUUUUUUUCACUAUUUCUCUACCGUAGGCAUUGGAGUGUGAAGCCAUUCUACUCAGUAUUUAGACAAAGAUGAUUAGAAAGAACUGAUCAUUGUCUGA